ACAUUUGGUACAGUAAGGGGCGCUCGUGUAUCAGUUCAAAUCCAGACUUCGACUCCCUCGAGUUGAACUCAUAAGUAAACCCAAAUCCCGAAGGAAGAACGACAACAUGGCAGGACGCGACAGGAUUGUGCAUUUGCUCAGGCAACUUGAAAAAGCAGCGUGCAGAUGCCCUGCCCAUUCUCAUACAUUCCAUCAAGCUUCAGGACAUGACUGUGGAAGAAAAACAGAUUAUGCAUUUGAGAUGGCGAGCUCAAACAUUAGAUAUGGAGAGGGUGUCACACGGGAAAUUGGUAUGGAUCUUCAGAACAUGGGAGCUCGUAACGUGUGUCUUAUGACGGACAAUAAUCUGUCUCGGCUCUCUCCUGUCGAGGCCGUGUUGGAGUCUCUAGUUCAGAACGGGGUUAACUACAAAGUUUAUGACAAUGUUCGGGUGGAGCCAACAGACUCCAGCUUCAAGGAGGCCAUAGCUUUUGCGAAGAAAGAAACGUUUGACAUUUACGUUGCUGUGGGUGGAGGCUCAGUGAUUGACACCUGUAAAGCUGCCAACCUGUAUGCCUGCCAUCCCGAUGCGGAUUUUCUAGACUUUGUCAAUGCGCCUAUAGGGAAGGCAAAGCCUAUUACAGGUGUUCUCAAGCCCCUGAUCGCAGUUCCCACAACAGCAGGAACUGGCAGUGAGACAACAGGUGUUGCGAUCUUCGACUUCGAAAAGCUGAAAGCAAAAACUGGCAUCGCCAGCCGAGCCAUUAAGCCGACUCUUGGAAUAGUGGAUCCUCUCCACACUCUGCAUAUGCCCGAGAGGGUGGCUGCCAACAGUGGUUUUGAUGUGCUAUGCCAUGCCCUGGAGUCCUACACGGCUCUUCCCUACAACAUGCGCAGCCCCUGCCCUCCCAACCCCAUCAACCGGCCGGCCUACCAGGGCAGUAACCCCAUUAGUGAUGUCUGGUCCAGACAUGCUCUGAAUGUAGUGGCCAAGUACAUGAAACGGGCGGUGAACGAUGCUGAGGAUGUAAAGGCCAGAUCCAGCAUGCAUCUUGCCAGUGUGUUUGCCGGGAUCGGGUUUGGAAAUGCUGGGGUCCACCUAUGCCACGGUAUGUCUUAUCCUAUUGCUGGAAAUGUGAAGACUUACAUGGCUAAGGGCUACAAUGUGGAUCACCCUGUAGUGCCUCAUGGUCUGUCCGUGGUUCUGACCUCUCCUGCUGUCUUUGCCUUCACUGCCAGUAUGUGUCCAGAGCGCCACCUGGAGGCAGCAGAGAUACUUGGGGCUGACGUGAGCAACACCAAGAGGGAGGACGCUGGGCUGCUCCUGGCCGACACCCUGAGACAGUUCCUCUAUGACCUGAAGGUAGAGGACGGUCUGAGUGCUGUCGGCUACACCAAGGAUGACAUACCUGACCUAGUGAGAGGAACAAUACCUCAGGAAAGGGUGACCAAGCUGUCUCCUAGGGAACACACAGAGGAAGAUUUGACUAAUUUGUUUGAGGCCUCCCUGAAGCUGUACUAAGACGGGCUCUCUUAUGCGUCAUCACCCACUCUCAUACUGUACCUGUGUGAGAUGAUGAGAGCCCAAAGGACUCUGUGCUAUUCCCUAUACAGCACACUACUUUUAACCAGGACCCAUAGGGCUCUGGUUAAACAUUGGGCACUAUAUAGGGAAUAGGGUGCCAUUUGAGACGUAGCCUCCCAUCGGUUUGCCAUCCCAUCCUCCUUUUAUUGAUAGAUACAAUUAAAUGAUAAUGUUCCUUAUUUGAUUAUACAGUAUAUUACCCCGAUUUCAAAUGUUGGUUUUGAUUUGUAGUUACUACAAUAUAGUAUACCGUUGCUGUCAUGUUCCCCUCCCCAUUAAUUUGAGAAUAGACUACUGGUCUGGAGUGGACUACAUUGUUAUGACAGUGUUGCGUCAUUCUUAGAAGUGUACUAUUUUUUAAAAUCUAGUUUCCAGAUUACUCAGGUUAACUGUUAUGUAAAGUGUGCCCUAAUGCUAAGAAAGUCUGAUCUGGCUGCUUUCAAGUAGGUUAACCCAGGAGAGCACACUAGGAGAGCUUUUAAGGUCCAUUGAGAGAAAGAGAGCCAAGUUAAGGUAUCAAUAUGAUACAGAAUAUCAUUGUAUCCCAAAUGGCAUCCUAUUCACUUUUGGUCAAAACUGGUGCACUAUAUAGGGAAUAGGGUGCAAUGAUACCUAUCCUUAUUAAUGAUAGAUUCUGUAUAUUGACAUGGAAAUAGAGUUACGCUAAAUCCUCGUUACCGUUAGGUCUUGAUGUAAAGCAGGACAUAACUCCUUUCUCUGGAGUUUUUCCUAGCCAACAUGCUUCUACACCUGCAUUGCUUGCUGUUUGGGGUUUUAGGCUGGGUUUCUGUACAGCACUUAGAUAUCAGCUGAUGUACGAAGGGCUAUAUAAAUACAUUUGAUUUGAUAACUGGAUGUCAAAAUAAAUGCAUUUUAGGAUCCAUAAUCAUUUAUAUUCAAAAUGUACAUGACUCUGAUCCCUUAAAAUCAUGAAAUCAUUUUAGUUUCUGUUUUCUUUGCUUGUCUUGGCAAUGUUUCUACUUUUUUCACUCCUGUUCAUAUAUGCAUAUGUCACAUUUUAUUUUUUCUGAAUAAGAAAAUAAGAAUUUCAAUAAAUUAAGUAUUGAAAUUUAA